UGACGAGGAAUAUGUACAAUCUGUUUAUAUUAAACCACCAGAAGCACACCAGAUUAUUAUGGAGCCUCUUCCAAAAAGGCUGCUGGACAAUAUAAAAGAGAGAUUAAGGGUGGAAUGGCUGAUGAAUACUACUAUACGAGACGUUAUAUUUCACAUGUUUUAUGUAUCAGUAGUUAUAACUAUGGUCCAUGGACAUCGUAAUAUUUAUAGUUCUUUUCUGUGCACCGAAGCAGUCCGGUCACUGUUUGUGAAACCUUCUAUUGGAAUGAAAAUGGGAAAGGUAUCUAACACAGACGACUUUGAGAAAUACCUUCACAGUACAUUUAUACCUGCAAUGACUGAUAUCACAUCAGACCAUGACUAUGCUACACGAGGCUCCAAUCAUUAUCUUGUAGGAACGUAUCGAUUACGACAAUUAAGAAUCAAAACAGACGUCUGUGCACCAAUUAUGUACGGUUUGCCCCGUGAUUGUAAAGGGCCGUACUCCGUGACCGAAGAAGAAACAAGAUAUUUUGACCAGUCCUGGUCCAAACCUUUGACUGGUGUUGAUGCUACUAAUGUUGAUGAUAAAUCUGAUCAUUGGAAAUACCGCAGCACGUGGGAUCUCAAGACUUUGCCAUUUCCUGGGACACAUGGGACGUAUUCCGGUGGAGGAUAUGUGCUACAACUACCAGCAAAAGUUUCCACUCAUUCAGAUAUUCUUUCUGGAUUAUUUGCAGAUAAAUGGAUAGACCAAUAUACUAGAGCAAUAUUUCAUAGAAUUUACUCUAUAUAACCCAAAUGUAGAUUUAUUCACUGUUGUAGUUUAUCUAUUUGAAUUCACUAAUGUCGGUAGAGUAUUCCGAUAAAUUACGAGUUCACUUCCAGUCUAUAUCAUUACUCGACAGAUUAUCAAAUGGUAGUGUUGGUUUGUGAAAUCUUGUUUAUUUGUUUCACAUGUCUAUUUAUUUAUGUGGAAGUUAAACGGUUCAAACAGUUGGGAAAAGUAAAAUAUUUUUUCUGACUUCUGGUCAUAUGUUGAAAUAUCUCAAUUAUCUUUAUCAGUUUCAUUAUUAGGUCUUUUUAUAAAAAGAUACUUUACCAUUAACAAUACUCUUGCUGAGUUAAAACAGGCACAAGAUAAUGGAUAUAUCAAUUUUCAUUCGGCAAUUUUCUGGGACUUUGUCUUCGGUUACGUAUCUGCAGUUCUUGUCGCUCUCGUUACAUUGAAAACUUUAAAGCAUGUGCGCUACAACAAGCGAAUUAAAAUUGUGACAAAAACUCUAAGUAAUAUUCGCCCUGUUUAUAUCGGAUAUGUGUUUGGGUUUGCUGUCAUGACGACUUCUUUUGCAAGUUUAGGAUAUUCUUUUUUUCGGUUACAGUAUGGACGGUUACAAGACGUUCUAUGAUUCGUGGGUAUCUAUAAUAUUAGUACUGUUGGGUGUCGGAGACUUUGUUGGAUUACAAGACAUGUUUAGAUAUGCUGGACCGAUGUUUAUUGUUGCCAUUGUUAUGAUAUGCCAAUAUAUAUUGAUGGUGAUGAUGACAACAGUUUUGAACUUCGGUAGAUUAGAGGCAAAGCACGAACUUUCUAAAAGGAAAAGAAAAAUGGCAUUAAUUAAGUACAUGAGGAGUAGAGUAAAAUUAUUGCUAGAUAUGAAAUAAAUAGUUUUUGAUUUUUGUUUUUCCCAAAUGAGGCAUUUGAGCUGAAAAAAGUGUAAAUAAGCUUUUUAAAAGUAUUCAAGAUGUCUUAAUAUGCAUACAUUACACAUCAUCAAUACAUAUAUUUAACUUGUGAUCAUUAAAUUGAUUACAGCUGUCUCUUUCAGAAAUUAAUUGUAUUGUUUGUACUAGACUGGUUAAAUUGCAUCGUCAGAACCCACGGUACACAUUCUGUACACUAGUAUACUGCAUUUAAUACAAUAUGUAUUGAUCUGAAUUAACACAGUUGGGUACUAGUUAUUACAAGGGUUGCUCCAGAAAUACCCAGAAUUAACUCACAGGUUCAAUAAAUUAACAUUUAUUCAUAUUCAUAUUUAAACUCUAUAUAUAUGCACAAUGUAACUCUUUUUAAAAAAAAAAGAUUUAACAAAUUCUGACCAACACAUGCAUAUCUUA